AUGAAUUACGAUUCAGACGACGCCCGGAACCUCUCUCCGCCUCUCGAGAAACAGAAGAUUGUCUACGAACCGCACGAGUCGCCUCCUCCCUUCAUUCCGGACAAGAGUGAGAGCAACAGCCCGGUCGACAAGUCUGGAACUGGACGUGACCGUAAGCGUCCACGAUGUCGCAAGAUACCCAAGCCAUCGUUAAGCGACGAGCUAAUACUGAGGUCCCUAGCUCCCAAUGACCCCGAGAUUGCCUAUAAGUCCAGGGAGGCUCCCCUCAGGGCGGAUUCUUCCUCUUGUUCGUCUCCGGAUUCAGGCCACACCAGCGGAGCUGAAGAAGGCAGCCUUCAGGGGUUGGAUGGGAGCACCGCGGACGUUGACGUGAACAUGCACAGGCGACCCGAGGAGUCUUCACGGGUACAGACACUGCCCGUUCUCAAUUCGCCCCCGGCAACAAUAGCCGGCAGCUCUUCCGAGGGCGGCAGCACCGUGUGUCAGAGCCUACCGUCCUUUCGAUCUUCGUUCCCCUGCGAGAUCGUACCGGACGUCAUCUCCUCAAAGGACCACUUUCUCAAAAACGGCGUGCCACAGCCCACCUAUCCCGCAGUCACGUCCUCUCCUCGCCAAUCACAUCACAGCCACUCUCACAGCCAUGGUCACCAUAACUCGUCACAGUCGCAUAUUCGACGACUAUCAGAGCAGUUCUACCCUACCCCUCUACUCUCCUCCACAGCAUCCACUCCAGCUUACUCCCACGCCUCUCCGCCCAAGACCUGUGACAUCUCCAACGUUUCAACCCCUUCUGCCCUCCAUCAACCCCAUUACUGGCCCGAUCGACUAAAAACGGACCACUCUCGACCGCAGUCUCACUCUCACUCUCAGUCCCUAUCCCAGUCCUCCUGCGAGCCUGGCUCUCAGUACAGUGACACUCCAAGCACCGGAUACCCUACUCCCACAGACCCAACCAGCCAAGAAGGUCCUGAAAAACGCCACGACACCCCAACUACCACCAUCUCAUCCUCGGGGAUGUUCAAAUGUAACUACCCAGGCUGUGUGGCUCUGCCAUUCCAAACUCAAUAUCUUCUCAACUCCCAUGCAAACGUCCACUCUCAGUUCCGGCCAUACUAUUGUCCCGUACAGGGCUGUCCGCGCUCGGAGGGCGGAAAGGGCUUCAAGCGAAAAAACGAGAUGAUCCGUCACGGUCUUGUGCACGAUUCGCCCGGAUAUGUAUGUCCGUUCUGUCCGGAUCAACGACACAAGUAUCCUAGACCGGAUAAUCUCCAACGACAUGUUCGGGUUCACCACAUCGACAAGGACAGGGAAGAUCCUCUCCUCAGAGAAGUCCUUGCCCAGAGGCCCGAGGGAGCUAAUCGUGGUCGAAGGCGAAGAGCCUAG